CGGGAAACUGAACAAGGGUGAACAAGGGUCGAUUGAUUUCUUUAUGAAAUAUCCAAGCAUCCAGGGCAUCAUUUUAUGGAUUACAGACCUUUUAUCUAUGGAGGAUUGGCCUCUAUGACAGCAGAGUUUGGUAAGGCGGAAGGAACACUUGAUCGUAGGUCCAAACGUUUAAAUAGGCGCUUAGGCAAGCCAAGUAGAUCAUAAAUAGCUUAAGAGCGGUUUUUGUUUGGGUGCAGAUAUAUAUAUUUUUGUGCGGGAAUUCUUGUCCCUUGGUAGAUGUUUGUGUUGAGUUUAAAUUAGACCAUCGUGAUUCUCGUCAUUCCCAUAAUUUCUAUCGUGGAGAGGGGAAAAAUUCUGCAACCCCCCCCCCCCCCCCCCCCCCCCCCCCCCCCCCCCCCCCCCCCCCCCCCCCCCCCACAAAAAACAACACAACCAACAAACCAAAGAAAAAAAACAACAAAACAAUCACCACCGACAAAAAAACAAAAAAAAAAAAAAAAAAAAACAAAGAAGAAAAUACGAAAUUCAAAAAAAGUUUAAGGGGUUUUUUUGUUUGGGGGCAGAAUAUAUUUUUUUGUGGGGGGAAUUUUGGUCCUUUGGUAGUGUUUUUGGUUGGUUUUAAAUAAACCCUCCGGAAUUCCCGCCAUUCCCAAAUUUUCAACGGGGAGGGGGGAAAAAUUCUUCCACCCCCCCCCCCCCCCCGAAACUCUCCUCCCCACCCACCCUCCCCCGAAAAAUAAGAAACAAAACUGAGAAGGAUCAGAAGGGAAAAACUGAAUCAAAGCCUUCCUUCAGGUUAGCAACAAAAGAACAUAGGUAUAAGUACAAAAUAUGAAGAGACUGGAGAAAAGCAUCUUAUUAUUUGUGGACAUGUCAAAUGUAUUAUCUAUUUUUCCAGUUACCUUCCUCUUUCAUUGUAACUGAGAAUUUUUGCAGGGGGCGGGGCGGGAGGGAAGUACGGCCAUAUGUGGGCUAUGUAGGUUGGUUGUUGAACAGUUUGCUCUGGGAAAGGGUAUAAAAAUCAGAGUUUGGGUCCAGAGGAGGGUAUUUUUUUUCCAGGAACCUGAUCAUUAUUGGUUGAAAAUUGUAGUCUAAAUAAGGGAAACUGGGAAUUAACACUUAAAAGUAUGAAAUCAGCAAAUUUAAAUUUACCUUCAAUUCAAUUUAAUUGCAAAGAAAGCUUCAACCUAGGUAGUUUCUGGAAAAUAGCGACUCUAGGAUAGGGAAGGUUUUUGGGAGUCUAGUCUUAAGGGUAGCAAAAUUCACCUGGACUAGGUCUGGCAUGGCUAAGGAUUUCCAGGGUCCAAGUGGUACAUCCCCACCCCAAAAUUUCUAAAAUAUCCCCCUCUCAAGGCCAGAUGGAGAGAUGUGAGCAGAGGACUUUCCUCAACCAGAAGAUCAUAAGCUUAGAUAUUCGUUGAACCAAUAAAUUGUAGAUAUUUUGGAAACAGCACUGGGCUCUCUCUUGUUUUAUAUUGAAUUCUUUCAGGAACCUUUCCUAUUGAUACUACAAAGACAAGACUUCAGCUGCAAGGGCAAGUAAUUGAUGCCAAGCAGAAAGAGAUCAGAUACCGGGGAAUGCUUCAUGCAUUUGUGAGAAUUGCAAAGGAAGAUGGAUUAAAGGCUCUGUACAAUGGGUACUGUGUCCUUAACCCUCUAAGUCCCAAUAGUGACCAUCAACAAUUUUCUCCUAACAAUAUCCAUAUGUUGCCAAGAGAAAUGGUUAUGAGAGUUAAUAAAAUGAUCACUAAAGAGAAAAUGCUUUGAUCUGUUAUCAAACUCUCAAAGAAAUGUAUGAAGAUCAGUAUGGAGUAGCCAACUCGAAAGCUUGGCUCCUUUGGCUGCUACACACUUUUUUCCUUUGUUAUGUUUAAUUCAAUGUAUAGUUAGCUCUGUUUUUACUUCUUUUUUUUAUCUUAUUGUUGUUGUAUUGCAAUUGAAUAAGUGUGAAUAAAUGAACAUGGAGAAUUUAUAUGUGGAUAUUUGAGCUUAAAGGGUUAACUGUGAUUUUAUCAAUAGCCAGUUCUUAUUUCUUGUCAUCAAAACGCAGUCAACUUCACUGGAUCUUGAUAAAUUAAUGCCAAAGGUGACAUUAAACCUUAAAGAGAUGGGGUUUGAUUUUUGAAAUUUGUACAUUCCUCUGGAAAGUUUUUGCUAUGUCCAUGUAAAACAUCUGCCAGUUGACAUGGUUUAAGAGAAGAUGGGGUCGAUUGUCAUGUUAGCCAAGUUCCGGCCUAUUUUCCUGCCUGGAAAAAAGGAGCUGAAGAUGAUGAAUUGGCCAAAUUAUUCCGAGUGAUACUUGUUGAAAGUUUUUGUUUUUUCUACUCAUUAUUUUUAGGGUUGCUCCUGCACUUCUGCGACAAGCAACGUACGGAUCUCUCAAGCUAGGCUUUUAUCAUGCUGUCAAGAGAAAGCUGGUGAAAAACCCAAAAGGUGAAUAAGAAGACAGACUAACUUAACUAGUUUAAACUGAUAUCAAUGUGCAUAAUUAUCUUUCUUUUGGCAAUGUUGAUGGAAAAAAGGGGUCAAGGGUUUCAAUAAUAAUAAUUGACAUAGCCAGCAGGUUGAAUAAAGUAACCCACUGAAUCAACAAGGGGCUUUUGGUCCCCUUCUUCUAGGGAAUUUUUUGGGGUGUGCUCCCUUAAAAGUUUUUAAAAUUUCAAUGCCCGAAAAUGCAAUUUCCAGCGUUGUGGGCACUAAAUUGAGUACAUGAACAAAAGAUAACAUAUUUCUGAUCAGAAUAGACAAGUAAUGUACAGUAAGGCCCGAUCCUGUCAUAAAUGUUUUUAAAUAUUAUGAAGCGAAUACUAUGUUUGAGUCCAGCAAAUUUAAUUUUAAGUUUAGUUUCGACAGAAUCUUUCUCUCAUUCAACACUGAACAUUCCCAGCUUUCAGUUUUAGGGGAAAAAAGUAGCCAACUUCUCUGAGAAAAGUAGCCGAUGUGACUUUUCAAUUGUCGGUGCUUAUUGAAACCCCUGUGCAGUUAAAGGGUUAAAUGGACAGGGCAGAAUAGUGAAACUUCAGAUAGAAAAUAUGGAGCAUUCUCUGGUGGGGUUUUCGUAUGAAAACCAUGCCUCACUUAAGUAAAACUGUGGGAGCCGUAGUUCAUCAGGUAACCAUUUUUUCUCUCGAUAGUCAGGGGCACCCAACGUCAAUUUUCGGAAAAUAUCUGUUUGGAAGACGAUUUGAGAUCUAGAAUUUUCGGAACAUUUUUUGUCAAAUUUCUUGCUUGCCUACCUCUCCUAGGAUUUUUGAACAUCUAUUGGUGUAAUUGCCCAUUUUUAACGGAUUUUUACCCUAAAAAGCUCACCUAGAAUUUUCGGGAGCCUUUUUUCUGGCUGAAAUUUUCGAAAAGGUAAGUUUUGAUCCCUAUGAUUUUCGGAUCUUGAGACUUUCAGCUAGGAAAUCCAAACAGAUUAAAAAUUUUUAGGGGAUAAAAAUAUGCCUAUAUCUACCGUUUAAAUACUAAAAUACGUUUAACAAUGCUAUGUUUAAGUGGUUUUGAACUAUAUUCUCGUUGGGUGCCCCUGGAUAGUGGCCAAAGUAAUAACUUCACAAAAAAUUCAAUUACUGGUAUCCUUUGGUUAAAUCCUAAGUAAAAGUUCUGCCAGUAAGGUUUCAUUUCAUUGGUAAUGUACAGACUGUACAAUAGGUUUUUGUCUUAUCUCUUCUUAAUCUGCUUAAGUAAGAAAAUUAAAUUUUUGUUGGCUACAGGUGUACUUAACUGCCUAGAUUGUGAGGGAGUUAUGUGGGUGUUGGCUUCUGCAUGCGAUUGGCAUGAGUAACUCAUUCUUUGCGAAGUCUUAAGUUUUGUUCAAAAAACAUUAAUUUUGUGCUGAAUAAGUAGUAUUCUUUCUCAAUAUGUAUUGUGAGGUGACCCUUUUUAUCUUGAGACUUUUUAAAGCUUUCUCUCUUUUAAACUUUCUCUCUCUCUUUUAAAAAAGAUAACACGUGAAAGAAAAUUAUCAAGUAGAAAUUGAUGUAUACUAGCUGCUUCGCCGGCUUUGAUCUCACACUGUGACAAUUACAUGUAAAUUUAAACUAACUGCCACUUUGAAUUUGAUGUUACCAAAAAACAACAACAAUAAUCAAUCAAUUAGUUGGUCUUGACACUUAAGCUGUGCAACUGUGUAACUACAUUUUGUUAGAGGCAAUUUCGCAGACAGCUCUAUCAAUUCAUCUUGUAACACAGCUGCCGUUUUGAGUGAUUUUUUCAAGCCUUCGCCCUUUUUUAGCAUUUCCCAUUCCUGACAGGCAAUCACAUGCACAAAUCCAAUUUGACCAGAUCUUGCAUUCGGCUUUGUUGAGAAGAGAUCUGGGUACAAGAUUAGGUUUUGUCUGUUGAAUGAAAAGUUUGCAAGACAGUAUUCUUGAAAUCACCUCUUCAUAACUUGGUCUAGGAAUGAAAGGGUUAUUCAUUUACUACACAUCUUUAUUAUUGCAUGGAUAAAGUUAUAACCAUGAGUGGUCAUUUUUCCAACAGAUGAGACUCUUUUUUACAAUGGCAUUGCAGGGGUUAUUGCUGGUGCAGUUUCGUCAGCAAUUUGUAACCCAACUGAUGUACUGAAGGUAAAAUUCAAAACAGUUCAAUCUUGGAAUUUAUCUUUAUUUAACUUAUGUUAGUACCAGUACUGGUUUAAUUUGGACUGUGCACAAUCAUCACUUUCAUCAUCCUCACUGUCAUAUUCAUAACCUUUGUUACCAUCAUUAUCAUAAUUAAUAUUAUUAAGAACCAUCUGUAAGCAUCUUCACCAUCAUCACUACCACCAGUACAGGUACUAGACGUCUGAUUUGGGACUGUCCACUAUCAUCAUCAUCAUAAUCCUCAUCAUCACAUUCAUAAUCUUAAUUAACCAUCAGUAUCAUUGUCAUUGUUGUUUUACAAAUAUUAUUACCAACCAUCUCAUGUCAUCAUCAUCAUCAUCAUCUUUACCACCACUACCACCGUCAUCAUAACCAUCCUUAUUUUUAAUAAAUACCAAUGAAAUACCAGGUGAGCUUUUGCAUGAAAACAUGAUAUCUUCAGACGUGAAAAUAACAUGUUAUUUUCACAUGUGAAAAUAUCACCGUUGCUAUGGCUACAUAAUAAAUAGUGCCUUUUGCAGGAUGAACUGUUUCAGUGAAAUGUUUUGGUAUUUCAUUGGUGUUUAUAUAAUAAAUAGAACAUUACAUGGCCACUUGGAGAUAUGAAAUUUCUCUUCUCAUGUUGAAAAUAUUUCACUCAUUCGCGGUUUUCAACACUCGAAGAGAAAUUUCAUAUCUCCGCGCGGCCAUGUAAUAUCCUCUAUAACUUAACCUUUAUCAGUGUCAUCAACUUCAAUCACCACCACCAUCAUUCUCGUCAUUACCUAGUUACAAACUUUAAAAUGUUCCUUUGCACAGAUUCGCAUGCAAGCAGAGUAUCAAGCAGGAACCAAUGUGAUUAGGAAAGGAAUGAUUAAUUCUUUUGUGUCCAUGUUCAAAGAGGAAGGACUCAGGGGACUGUAUCGGGUAAUUUGUUGAAUACUUUAAAUGAAUGAAAUGCGUUCAGUUAUCUCACUUAUUGACACAAUGAAGUUGGGUAAAUGAAACAACAACAAUAUAAUCAACAACAGCUACAUAAUACUCACAAAAUAUGGCCAGGCUUUUUUCUUUGUUGUCUUGUUGUUGUUUUUUUUGUUGUUGUCUUUUUAUUAUUUGUGGUAUUACCAACUUAAAAUGUGAUACUAGUAGAAGACUUCUGUUUAUUGGUAAUAAGCAAAGUUCUUCGGUAAUUUGCUGAGUUGAUUAAUGUAUAUGCUUGGAAGGCUUAAGUCAUUGGUGAUUGCAAGUGAAUUCUGAUAGACUGACUACUAGAGUCUCAUUCCAAUUUGCCUUGUAUGUGUUUUUGAGUCAAAGAGAGAAUUCCACAUUAGAUCAGGAUUCACUUAGUACCUUAUCUCAUGCACACCCUUUUUUUUCUCAGGGAGUUGGCCCUACAGCUCAGAGAGCUGCUGUCAUUGCUGGGGUAGAGCUUCCAGUCUAUGACUGGUGUAAAAAGAUGAUUCUGGAUUACAAACUUAUGGAUGACAAUCCUUACACUCACUUCUGGUAAAUGUAAAAUACAAUAAUAUUAAGCUGCUAACGGCUUGAUGGGGUUUUUUCAGGGUUAAUUCCCCCUCAACUUGUUUUGCUUAUUGAGGAUUCUUCAGGGCUGUCACAUUUUCAACCCAUGUUUGUGUUGUUUGUUGUCACUUCAGCUGUCUUUAUGGUGUUGUUUAAAGGCCAUGUCACUUCUCAGAAUUUUUUUUCUAACAGAGGCUCGCUACUUAAUGACCACCUCUGUUUGUUAAUUUAAUGUAGUUUAUUAUAAUUUAUACUAACAAUGAUUUAUUUGUAUUGUUGUAAAUUAAGAUAUGAAUGAGUUUUCAGGAUAAUAAGGAGAUAGAUACUUUUUUCAGAUGUUAGGUGAGUUUUGGAGGGCUAUUGCUAGCAUGUGUAGUUUCUUUUUAGCUUAGCAAGACUAGCAUAGAAGACAAGACAGGGCAUCAGGUGGAAAAGAGCAAAACAUAAGGACUGGGAAUGAAGGGAGGGGAAUAUUUAGCACAAAGGUGUGUUUGUCACUUGCUGACUGUUCUGUUUUAAAAAUCUGUUUUUCAGUGCUAGUGGCAUGGCUGGUUUUGCAGGAGCUGUUGCAUCAAAUCCUAUCGAUGUUGUCAAGGUUGGUUGCAUUGUAGACAAAAAGUGCUGUGCUUUAUAUAUUAUGCUAAAUUAACCCCUACAACACGCCAGGACUCUUCCCUGCUAGUGUUCCUUUCAUAAAUAUUAUCGCAGUAGAUAACUGCAUGAAUGUAGAAUACUGCCCCUCUAAUUCACCUUUAAUUUUCCAAACUAACUAAUAGGAAAAUUUUAGUAGAGACUUGUUGAACAUGGCUCAUAAAGAUGCAUUACCAGGUUCUUGUUGUUAUUGUCUGAUAAGACAGUAUCUACCUUUACAGGGCUGGGAGGGCAUAAUGAUAAGGUGACAUGUUGUGGUCAGUUUGAGUUUAUACCAGGGCUGGGUUGUUCAAAGCUAGGUUAAGAUAACCCAGGACUAGUGCAAAAUUUGAAUUCAGAUAUGAAAGCUUCCAAAGCAAGUUCGGUUUCAUUCUUUUUGUCUACAAUUUGAUGAUUGGUACCUUGGUCCCAGAGGUUUCUCUUGAAAGUUUUGUUUGGGAAAGAGAGAGCAAGCUGCAAAGCGGCGACAAUGAGUCACAAAGUCUCUGUAAGGCACCAAGUCGCUCCUUACUGCUUCAUAACUUGUUGUCCCCGCUUUGCGACUUGCUUUCUCUUUCCCAAAGAAAAAUUUCAACAAAAACUUCUGGGACCAGGGUAGAUGAUUGGAUGCUCUAAAAAGAAUAUAGAAAGUUAUCCAAUAAAAUGCAUUUGAACAAAAUUGAAAGGGAACCAGAAUUAACAUUUAACGCCGAGUCAGUGCUAAGAACUUUGAACAACUGGGCUCAAUUGAUCAACUGAUUGGCAGUCUCACAGUACACUGAUUGGUAAGCCCAUGGUGUACCAUUAACUUGUAACUUUUCUGAUCCAUGCCACACUGUAACUUUCUUUUGUUGCUGCUUUCAUUGCAGACCAGAAUGAUGAAUCAGCGAAAUCUCAAGGUUAAGCCUGGUGAAGGGACUGUGAUUUAUAGAAGUUCAACACACUGUUUAGUUACUGUAAGUUUAAAAAACUAAUACAUUUUGCAUUGUCCACCAUUAGGAUUAGAUAUAAUGGGUUAAGUUUGUUAUCAUCAUAAUUAAUGUCUGUUGUUGGUGCAUGUAUCUUGUCAACUUUUAUCAGUCUUAGUUGCCCAAAGUCGUUGAUGUUGUUAUCCUUGGUUUUACCUAUCAUUUUUAGACUUUCAAGUCUGAAGGAUUCCUUGCUUUGUAUCGAGGAUUUGUGCCACAGUUUAUGAGAUUAUUUCCCUGGAAUGUUGUUGUAUCCUUGAAAAAGAUUAUUGAUAUGUGUUUUGGCCCAAAUGUAAUAAUAUUAGUUGUAAAACAGAUAAUUUUAACAUUUAAACUGUAGCAUUACAGUAGCACUUGAAAUGCUAGCAUUUCAAUCUGACUCGAUAACCCACGUUCGAUAUGUGAAAAUUCUAACGUGACUGCGAGGUUUUGGGGACAAAUUUUACUCUACUUCGUUCGCAAUCUUGCCCAAUUUCCAGAAGAGACUUGUGCACAAAGAAAACCAAACCAAAAAUAGCCUUGGAGUCAUGUUAAAACUUUAAUAUAUCGGACGUGGGCUAUUCGAGCUGUUUAUAGGCACUGGUGUGGGACUGGUUUAAAAAAUGGGUGAAAAUGCAUUGUGGGCUAAUGGGGCCUAUCACGGUUUCUGCAACAUGAAGCUUCUCAACCUUUGAGUCUCAGGGCUAGAUGGUGCAAGAGUAAGGGAAAGUCUAUGAGUACUGCUACUUCCCACGUGUUGGGAAGUUGGUUGGGUAAAAAACGGCAGUGAAGCAACGUAUUUUCGGUGGACUUCAUUUGACAAAUGGAUGGCCACUUUUUUUUUACCAAGAAAAACUGAACGGUCGAAACGAAUUGAGUCGUAUCAUUUGAUCUGAAGUUUCGGAUUCAAGUGCUUUCCCGCGCCAUUAAACUCAAAAGCACGCGGAAUCGUUGAAGCAGAAGUAAAACGCAAGUACGGACGACCAAAACUUAAAUCGUGCUCACCUUGAGUGUCACAGUUGUGUUGCAGAGUCUGGCAUUAGAGGCGAAGCGAAUAAAACAGCUGUCACGUAACAGACAGUUUGGAAUGGUAAAGAUUCAUCCCUUGAAUCCGCCAUCUUGGGCAUUGCUGUCUUCUUGGAAAUAGCCUGGCACUAAUAGUUCUGAACAAAUGGUACAGAAAUUUCCGUGAAUUCGGUGAAGGCAAGGAAGGUUUUAACUUUUUUCCGAAAACAUUCCACUGGGAUGAACCUUUCCAUUUGAAUACCAGGUUUUCCAUACAAAUGGUAAGUGCUCAAAAGUUUCUUGUCAUUGGAAACAAUGCGAUGGCAAGGCUCGAAGUGAGACUUGAAAAAAAAGUGGCAGGGGGGAGGACGGGUACUUCCAUGUUUUAUUCAAAAUAAGGUCAUUUUCACAUUCUUUUUGGACUUUCGCGAAGUCCUUUGUUUUUCAUUUCCGGUUCCGGUAGAAAGCCCCAGCGCAAAGAGCUCGAGCUCACUCUUGCCGCGGAAAAUUAUUGAGAAAAAUUUUGAGCUCAACUUUUUGCCGGGCUAAUCGACAUUUUUUCAUACUCGAUUAUUCUUUAACUCUCUGCAGUUCUUCAUGUCAUAUGAACAGUACAAGAAGUUUGGAAAUCAAAUGUUAUAACCUUUAUUGUAAGACUAGUGUAUAGCAGGUCCUAAUUUUCAAUUAACGUAUUUCAAGUGACACGCUAGCCUUCAAUGCAAUGACGCGG